AUGAGAAGAGGAGCACGUCUUUCUCAACAUUUUUAUAAGCGCGUACAAAGAAAGCAGUUCUUGCCUUUACAGAAAGACAAUAAGACAGUAAGUGCCAGCUGGAUUAUAUUCAUAUAAUGUCUGUCUGUUUAUAUUCUGCUUGUACGAGAUAUACAUGCAUAUAUUAUUAUUUUUGUUUGUCAGAUACAAGUUGCCCUUUGGGAUUAUUCACUAAAGGGUAUGUAUGCCCAUGCACAGGAUUCUGCAGGCUUGAUCCUUCAGUCUAUAUGGUUCUGUGCAAAAUGUCUCCUAAUUGGCUGGAAUCUAGCAUGGUAUCUCUGCUAAAAUGGAAUUACAGAAUAGUUUGGGGUUAUUGUGUUUAUUAUUGAUUAUGUUAUUCUUGCUUCUGUAGGUUGAAGCAGCCAUGCAUAAGAACAGCCGGCAGACACGAGCAAAGUCAGAUGUUGUGACAGUGGAGCAGGAAACCAGCAAAUUGUACGUACUGGGGUUAAGUUACAUCCCUACCAAAAUUAGGGUGUUUUUUUUAUUGAGAAGGUGGGUAGGCAGGCAAAUGGUGGCAUGCCAGUAACACAAGUUAUGUCACUGGCUAUGCCAAAAUGGGGAGGGGGUGAGGGAGGUGUUCGCCAAAAUCGGGGCCUAACUAUUCACAAAAAGGAGUUUGUUAGCCUGGCAUGAAUGCAUACCAUGUAGGCUGACAGAGUCACUGACCAAUCCUGUUCAAGGCAACAUAAGCAUAGAGCGCUUUUGACACACUAUGCCCAUGGACUGAAUGCCCUACCAGCACUAUGCAUAGUGCGCGCACAUCUGGUGAUGAACUUGCUCUAUGUUGAUUUGGGAUAUGUAUCUGGUGUCCCCAGAUGUGGUACUCUAAGCUACAAAAAAAGUGACAACAGGGCAGGACUCUGAAUUUGGGAUGUCCCGCCAAAAAGGAUCAGGUGGGAGGUGUGCAAUUGUGGUGGGCCCUAAAGAUGAUAGACUAUUUAAAAUUGGCAGUACAGAUUUUUAAAGUUAAACGGUACAUUGUUAUUGCCCUACACCUGCUAAACAUUUUAGUGCAUUUUGCAUGUAAGUUUCCUUUGUACGGGAGACAAUUUCAUCUCUAUGGGAUCAAUGAUGACAUCAUUGAUGAUUUCAACCAAAGAGGCAGAUUGGUAGUGAGGAGUGCAGUGCCGCGGAAUGUAAGUAAAACUUACCUUUUAAACCCCUGAAAGGGGGGUGGACACCUAGAUAGGUAGGGAAAUACAUGUUUGUAUUCCAAAUGCUAUGUUCCUUCAAAGAGCACUCUCAUCACCAUGGCAACUUUCCAUCAUUUCAAAUGUUAUGGUGCAGAGAAUCCUCUGCACUUUUUUCUUUCUAAAAUAUAUUUGCAGACCGUUGCAGCUAAACAUGCCUGCCCCCUGGAGCAAAUACCUCAGAAGAGAAAGUAAAAAGUUCCUCAGAUCCAGCUUGUAUAUUCUGCAUGAUGUAAUCCAAGGGUAGGCAACCUUUGGCACCCCAGAUGCCGUGAAUGAUAUCUUUCAUAAUGCUCUUACAUCCAUAAUGCUGGCAAAGCAUCAGAGGAGGUGUAGUCCACAUCCUUAGGAGUGUUGAAGGUUGACUACUUCUGAUAUAUUGAAUGGUGCUGCUGUUGGGGAUUUUUUCCUCCCUAGGAAAGCACUCAUUUUUAUGUCCCUCAUAAUGUUAACUUACCUUAUGGGUAUACUCACUAAACUGGGAAUUGUAAAUGAUUGACCACAUUGCUGGCCAAAUUACUGCAGUUAAAAACUGGAGAAUUUCCCCAUUUUAGCUAUUUUGGAGCUUUUCAUUUCUCGUUGUCCUCAGUUUGGUGAAUAAUCCACUAACCCUGGUUAUUGACUACUCGGAAAUGUAGAACAUUGUAAUUUUUCUUAGUUGCUCUCUGCAGAGUGACAAGUGUCAGAUUCUAGACUAUGUUUUCAAACAGCCAUAACUCUAAAUCCCACUCUAACCCUAAUCUUAAACAAUCAAAACCAUAAAUUCCCCAACCCGUAUCCUCUUGACAACAACUAACUCAUAUCCCCCUAGUCCUACGCAUCCAGAAACCCUAACCUGUAUUCUUAAAAUGGAUACUCUAAGCACUGGAACUAAUUUCCUGUAAUGGAGCGGUUUUGGUGUAUGCAUGAGCCUCACUACUCAAUUCUCUUUAACCCUAAACAUCCAUUAACUCAAAUUCUAGUCAUAAAUCUCAACACUGAAUUCCACUAACUCUAAACAAAUACAAACACAGACACGAUCAUCACCUAUCCACUCCAAUAGACAUCAUUCUGUCUCUCCAUGGACAUCUUGCUUACCCCAUUCAUCCAAUAACUAUCACACGAGGCAACACAUUUAUCACUUAUAGAGACUAAUAGAGCAGCUGGAAAUGCUAGCAGCAUGCUUGGUUGUAUAGGGAGAGGUAUUGGCAGUAGAAAGAGGGAAGUGCUCAUGCCAUUGUACAGAACACUGGUGAGACCUCACUUGGAGUAUUGUACGCAGUACUGGAGACCGUAUCUUCAGAAGGAUAUUGAUACCUUAGAGAGGGUUCAGAGAAGGGCUACUAAACUGGUUCAUGGAUUGCGGGAUAAAACUUACCAGGAAAGGUUAAAGGAUCUUAACAUGUAUAGCUUGGAGGAAAGACGAGACAGAGGGGAUAUGAUAGAAACAUUUAAAUAUAUAAAGGGAAUCAACACAGUAAAGGAGGAGACUAUAUUUAAUAGAAGAAAAACUACCACAACAAGAGGACAUAGUCUUAAAUUAGAGGGACAAAGAUUUAAAAAUAAUAUCAGGAAGUAUUACUUUACUGAGAGGGUAGUGGAUGCAUGGAAUAGCCUUCCAGCUGAAGUGGUAGAGGUUAACACAGUAAAGGAGUUUAAGCAUGCGUGGGAUAGACAUAAGGCUAUCCUAGACUUAAGAUAUGGCAUGGGGCUAAUUAAAAGUAUUUCAAAAUCUUUUAUUGGGCAGGCUAGAUGGGCCGAAUGGUUCUUAUCUGCCGUCACAUUCUAUGUUUCUAUGUUUCUAUAAACUACCUUUUCAUUACAGUGCUCCUUGUCCACUGAAAAUCAUUGAAGUUAAUGCCUUAGGUCACUUCAUCCGGAUAUUCAACUCUUCUCACCAUAACCUCGUUGACUUAAGUGGUUACAUCCUCUGGCAAUUGGAGGGAAACUACCCAGUUACCAUGUACCGGUUCCCACAAAAUAUAUUUUUGCCAGCUUUACGGCAUAUUACGGUAAGUGGGAUUGACUGCUAUUAG